CCAGGGGACCGCUGAGACUAAUUCUCUUGGCAAACUUGUGGCCAGCCAAACCUACCAUGCUUCACAUCCCUGUUAUCCUUGGUUACCGCCCAAGAUUGGCUUACAAAAGAGAUGAAAUGUGGUCUGAGGGACGAUAUGACUAUGAAAGACUUCCAAGAGAACGAGCAGCUCCUCGAAGUCACCCCAGUGAUGGCUACCAUAGAGUAGUUAAUAUUGUGCCAAAGAAACCACCACUACUAGACAGACCUGGUGAAGGAAGCUACAAUAGAUAUUACAGUCAUGUUGAUUACCGAGAAUAUGACGAGGGCCGCAGUUUUUCUCAUGAUCGAAGAAGUGGUCCACCUCACAGAGGAGAUGAAUCUGGCUGUAGAUGGACAAGAGAUGAUCAUUCUGGAGGUCGACAGCCCGAAUACAGGGACGUGAGAGAUGGCUUUAGAAGAAAAAGUUUCUACUCUUCCCAUUAUGCAAGAGACCGGUCUCCUCAUAAAAGGGACAAUCCUUUUUUCAGAGAAUCACCUGUAGGCCGAAAGGACUCUCCACACAGCAGGUCUGGCUCCAGUGUCAGCAGUAGAAGCUACUCUCCAGAAAGAAGCAAAACAUAUUCUUUCCAUCAGUCUCAACAUAGAAAGUUCGCGCGUGCUGGUGCCUCCUACAAACGGCAGAAUGAAGGAAAACCAGAAAGAGGUAAAGAGAGGCCUGUCCAGCCUUUGAGAACUUCAAGAGAUACUUCCCCCUCAAGUUCUUCAGCAGUUCCUUCAUCAAAGGUGUUAGACAAGCCCUCUAGGCUAACUGAGAAAGAACUUGCUGAGGCUGCCAACAAGUGGGCUGCCGAAAAGCUAGAGAAGGCAGAUGACAGUAACUUACCUGAGAUUUCUGAGUAUGAGGCGGAAUCCACAGCAUCACUGUUCAUCAACCAGCCAGAAGAACCUGAGUCAAAUGCAACAGAUGGCAUAGAAUUAUUUGAAGACAGUCAGCUAACCAGUCGCUCUAAAGCAAUAGCAUCAAAAACCAAAGAGAUUGAACAGGUUUACCGACAAGACUGUGAAACAUUCGGGAUGGUUGUGAAAAUGCUGAUUGAAAAAGAUCCUUCAUUAGAAAAGUCUAUACAGUUUGCCUUGAGGCAGAAUUUACACGAAAUAGAGUAUCCCCAAUUGAUGUGAUAAAAUUUUCAUUAUCUCAACAUAAAGCCUUGAUGAUCAAUGGGGGAAAGCAGAUAUUGUGAAGCUUUUUGUGAAUUUUAAAGUGCAAAAUAAAUAAAUAAAUAAUUAGAUUGUCUUUUCUCUUAUUUCAAUAGGCUUAAAGUGUUUUGCUAAAAUGUAGCAUUUAUUACUCUUUACUCUUUCCUUAGUAUUCAGUUCACCUGAUCAGCAGCAGGACAGGAGGAAGACUGAGAAUUGAGAAACACUAUUAACUUUGGUGACUUAAGGAGUCUUGAUCUCUGAGAAGGCAGUUAAACAAGAUAAGAGGUGCCUGACAUACAGUGGUGCUCAAUAAUUGUGUGAUUGUGAAUUUGAAUUUCAGAGAAUUGUAGAAUUGGAAGUUUACAUCUUUGUAGUAACUCCUUGAGGACAGGAACUAUAUUGUCUUUGUGUCCUCAUUUCCUAGCACAGUUUGGAACAUUGUAGGUACUCAUAUUUGUUAACUUAAGGUGGCUUCACAAGGGAAGUGACAUUUGACCUGAGUCUUGGAGGAACAGGAUUUAUUCAGACAGAGAAGGGGAAGUGUUGAAGUCCAGGAGGAGGGAACAGUGUGAGGAGGGAAAGGUACAGGCUGGCAUGACUGAAGCUGGUGGGGGAAGAUGAUAGGAGAUGAAGGUAGGAAAAGGUAGGUUGAGAGCAGAACGUGCAGGAUUUUAAAUGGUUGAAGUUUUACCCUUUCUCUCUUACUUAAGAAUGCAGUGUGAAAAGAUUACCUAUGUAUUAUUCUUGCCAAAAAUGUUGAUUUCUUGUAGUUCCUCAGCCACUUCCUAGCCCUGAGCCAGUUCACAGACCCAGAACCUCUUGAAGGAAGGGGAGGCUAGAUCCCAUUAAGGAAGGACUCUGCUACACUGCCAAAAUGAAUACUGAUUUCAGCUUUACUUUAGAGUUUCCUUCAGGGGAUCCUAAGUGCCAAGGAAAGCUCUGACAGUUCUUUGGCUACAACUUUGGAGAUGGUGACUCGGUCAUCCCUGAAGUGUUCAUGGUAGACAGCAUAGAAUGUUGCAGGCAGGCAGCCACCCAGGUGGCUUUACAGCUGUGACACUGCUCAGGCUGGGGCCUGGAGCUCUAUGAGUAAUGGCCACACUCCACUUGCCAGACCAAGGUUUGUGGGUUAUCCAUAGUGUGUUUAUCAUCUUCCUGCCAGUACUCUUGAGAGCACUCAUAUUACCUAAUUCAGUGAAAAAGAAAAAAAGAACUAGUAACUAAGGUACUUAGAAGAAUCUAUUCUCCCAUUUUCCCGUGGUAAUAGAGUUGAAAUUGAGUCACAUGAAUACCUAACUAGGACUACAUUUCCUAUGUCCCCCUUGUAGUUAGAUGUGACCAAGUUCUCUCCUAUAGAAUAUCAGUGGAAGUACCUGCUGCUUCCUGGUCUGGGCCCUUAGGACAGUGGAUGUGUCUCCUCCAUGCUCUCUCUUAGCUCUUCCCACAAGUAGCAGCAACCCAGCCUUGACUGUGCAGACAACAAGGUCCUGGGAGAUAGUGGACCCACAGGAUAGAAGGAGCCUGGAUCCCUAAGUGACCACAUGGAGUACUGAGCUGUUAUGUGAGAGAGGAAUAAAUGUCUUUGUUUCUUAAGCCACAUUAUUGCUUGGUUUCUUGUUACAGUAGUUUACCUUUUGCUCAAACUAAUACCAGUGGCAUUUGAGGAUUAGUUUCACUGAAAUUGGCCCUCAGCAGGCUGCAUCAGUUGUGUGUUUUCCACUGUAAUAAUUGCCCUUGGGUUAAUGGGCACUGACGAUACAAAAGGUUUUGCCAGUCCACUGAGUUGGAGUUUCAAGCUGUGUUUAAAAUUCAUUUGAUGACAGAUACUGUUAAAGCCUUGUGUACAUUUGUAUGACGGUAGAGACCAUCUGAUUCUAUAGCACAUUGUUUUGUGAGCUCUGCUCCCACAGAUUAAUGGUGUUCUGAUGCUAGACCAUUAUCAUUAAAAAUGUAUAAGGUUGUAAAGUUUUUUCCCAAUUUUUAAAAACUUUGUAUUCUACUUCUCUAUGAAUUAGUAGAAUCUGGUAUACCAUAUCGAAUACAGCUUAGAAUAUAGUUUUUUCAGUUUCAAUACACCAGAUAUAGGAUUUUAAGAAGCAACACGUCUUUCAAUUAUUUCACUAUCUGAAUGAGGUUAGAAGCACCAUUCUGGUGUUUUUUGGUUCACAAAACACUCUCACAUGUAAUCCCCGACUGGUAAGGAUUUUAUUCUCAUUUUACAGCCCAGGGCGAGAGAAGUUAUGACUUGUCCAAGGUCAUAUAGCUAGUAUGUGGCAGAGCCUGAGUUUUACCCAAAUCUUCCAACUCUAAGCUCUGUUCCUAGAAGAAGUGAAGUUUGCUGGUCAUUCAGAACAAGGUUCAAGUCCUGACUCCAAUACACACUUGUUUGAUCUUUGGCAAAUUAGUUUUCCAUUGUUGUAUAAUGUAUGUUCGGUUUAUCUGUAGUGUAAAUGUAAUGUAUAAAGUGAAUGACUCUACAGAAAACCUUUGAGAAAAUUCAAAUCCUAGUUCAGAAGAUUUUUCCUGUUUUUCACUUUAUCCUCAGUCGCUAGUAACUUCCAGAUUGGUUCCUAGGACUUCUGACUUGGAGCUAUUUUAGAAAACAUCUUGGAGGUUCGUAAGGAAUGGUUGUAAGAGGGCAAUUGGCCUCAGACUCUUGGGCUGCUGUGCCCAGAUCCAUGGUGGAGCUUGAGAAGAGCCAUUUAAGUGCAGUGAAGCUGGUAGUUCAUCUCUCCUGUUUUAGGAACCAAGAUUAAUUAAACAUAGUUAACACCUUUUCAGUUUUGUUUACAACAUGUUCAGAGAUUCAAAACUAAGAUUGCUGCCAGUAGCAGCCUUCUGAGAUGUUAGAAAAAAAAAAAAACCUUUCCUCAUGGUAAUUUGGGGAAAAUAGCUUGCCUUCCAGAUACUCUAUGCAGUCCCCAAACUGUAUACUUAAUGAAGAUAAAGUCAAUGAGGGAUAUGCACUGAGGAGAUAAUUAUCCCCCAACUUCUUUCUCAUUAUUUAGUUUCAACCUCUUGCCCACUCAGAAUCCCAAGCAUAAAAGAGCUCCAACCUUUAAAGUUCCCGGCUCCCAUCAGCCAUGGUCCUUGGGUGUCAUCUUUUCAGAGAUCCUUGCCAGACAAAUUUGUUGGUAAGUGAAAGAGAAAAGGCAACAUUUGCUGAGUGUGAAGACUUUUCUGUUGACCACCCUAAUAUAUUAGCUCGGUUCAGUUUCCACAGAAUACUGCAGCUGGAAGGAAACCUUUGAGAUGGUCUAACCCUCUCAUUUUACACAAGUGGAAACUGGGUCAGAGCACUUAACUUGCUUGAGUUAAUGAGAGGUGGGUCUCCUAACCCAGAUCUCUGGAGUCCUGGAGUCCCUUGUGCUUUGUAUUACACUGCAAGAUCUUUGUAGUGGAUUUAUUUUAGGUUAGUAAUUGUCUUUUCCAAUGUCAGUUGCUUGGUUUAGUUAUCCAAAAACACAAAAGCCAUUCUCAUUUAAGAGAACUGGUUUCAUAUUCUUAAUGACAUUAUUUACAUUAUCUGAAAUCAGAUGAUUGUGGAGA